AUGUCUGCUGACAUGAAUCGGCAGAUGAGUCAUCAGUCCGAGGCCUCGUCUAUGGGAAGUGACUGUGACUCAUCUGAGGACUUAGAUGAAGAUACAGAAAAGUUCUAUUACAUUGACACAACAGAUGACUUAGAUUUGGACUGUCCUAGCAAAACUGAUGACCCAGAGUAUUUUGAAUAUGAGCCCUUGCAAUUGAUUGAUGCAGAGAGAAUGAUGAAUGAAGAGAUUGAAGCACUAUGCAUGAAGUUGAAGGUAAAUCCAUCAACAGCAAAGAUGUUGUUAUUACGUCACAACUGGAAAAAGGAAGAAAUUAUUGACAAUUACCAGCGUGAUCCGUCUGGAUUUUUGGUAGACACUCAUUUAGCCAGCCGAAGGAAACAUGACAACUUGGUAGGACAGCGACCAGUGUGUUCCGUUUGUUGUAGCGAAUAUGCUCGAGACAGAUUUGUGGGUGUAGCUUGUGGUCAUAUGUUCUGCAGAGACUGCUGGGAUAUGCACUUCCAGACACAGAUCAGGGAUGGUGUCACUACAGGUAUAGAGUGCAUGGCUAAAGAGUGUCCUGUAUUAGUGACAGAAGAUUUUGUAUAUAAAGUUCUUAGCGAUUCCAAAUUGCGUGACAAGUACUCCAAGUUUUCCUUCAACGAUCUAAUAAAGUCUCAUCCAAAGCUCCGCUUCUGUCCUGGGGCAGACUGCUCAGUUAUCAUCAAAGCUAAAGAACUGAAAGCUAAGAAAGUCGAAUGUCAUUCAUGCAAGAUCACAUUUUGCUUCAAGUGUGGACUGUCUUAUCAUGCCCCCACAGAGUGUGAUGUCAUCAAGCGAUGGUUGACCAAAUGCGAGGAUGACUCAGAAACUGCAAAUUAUAUCAGUGCCCACACCAAGGAUUGUCCCAAGUGCCACGUUUGUAUUGAGAAAAAUGGAGGAUGUAAUCAUAUGCAAUGUCCGGAAUGCAAGUAUGACUUCUGCUGGAUGUGUUUAGGAGAUUGGAAGUCACAUGGCAGUGAAUAUUACGAGUGUAGCAGGUACAAGGAGAACCCAAACAUUGCCAACGAAUCCGUUCAUGUACAAGCGAGGGAAGCCUUAAAAAAAUACCUCUUCUAUUAUGAAAGAUGGGAAAACCAUGCUAAAAGUUUACAGUUGGAAGAGACAACCACAUCAAAAAUUACAGCCAGAAUUCAAGAAAAAGUCAUGAACAACCAAGGCACUUGGAUUGACUGGCAGUAUCUUCUCAAAGCUGCAGCACUGCUAAAGAAGUGUCGAUACACACUACAAUACACUUACCCGUAUGCAUACUAUCUGGAUAAUAGGAAAGAUCUGUUUGAGUACCAGCAGGCUCAACUUGAGGCCGAAGUAGAAAAUCUGUCCUGGAAGGUGGAGAGAGCCGAGAUCACAGAUAGAGGGGAAUUAGAAAACCAAAUGGAUGUAGCAGAGAAGAGAAGACUGACUUUGCUCAAAGAUUUUUUAGAAGUGUAA